GGUUAAGUAGGUGUUUUUCAUGCGCCUCGUACUGAGUUGUUGUUGUUGUUGUUGUUUUUUUUACAUUUGUUUAAAUCGCUAUUUCUAUAUUCAGACACUAAGCAGAGAUGAAUAAAGGAGUAAUAAAUAUAUUAAGGAGUAUAUGUAUGUUUGUAAUUAUUUCUCCUGUGCAGGGGUUUCUUUGGUGUGAGGAGUAACUAGUCCAAUGUGACGGUUCUGUUUUCUCUCAGACGUUGAUGUGAGAAACGAGACUCACUGUAUGUGGAUAAGUGAUUCUCUCUCAGUUUGUACAGGAUGGCCAACAUUAAAGAACAGCUUCUCUUCACUCUAAAUGAACUGGAGACAGAAGACCUGACGUUAUUCCAGUGGCAUCUUAAAAACGCAGUGGAAGGUUUCCCCGCUAUCCCAAAGUCUAAGCUGGAGAAAUCUAACAGACCUGACACUGUGGACAAGAUGGUGCAGAAAUAUGGCCCAGAUGGAGCUGUAGAGAUCACACUGAUCAUCCUGAAGAAGAUGAACCACAACCAACUGGCUAAGACCCUGAGGACCAAACACAGUGAAAAUAAAGCGGGUGGAGACAAAUGUGAAGAGUCGACUGCUAAGAGUCCAGCAGCUGGAGGAAAAAGUGAUAUCAGUAGCCGAAUGAAAAAACAAUAUAUGGAAAAAUUAGAGAAGUUGUGUGAGGAGGCUCCACUAGAAUGUGAUCGUGUGCCUAUAAAAGACACUUACACUGAAGUUUACAUGAUCAAAGGAUGCACAGGAGGAGUGAACACAAAGCACGAAGUGAGACAGUUGGAGGAAUUUUACCCCAAAACAGAAGAAACACCAGUCACACUCAGUGACCUCUUCAAAAUACAGUCUACUGAAAACAAGCGUGGUACUAAAGUCCUGACAUUGGGAAUAGCUGGAGUGGGAAAAACAGUCUCUGUACACAAGUUCAUUCUUGACUGGGCUGAAGAGAAGUGCAACCAGGACAUAGAUUUCAUCAUGUACCUCCCAUUUCGAGAGUUAAACUUGAUCAAGGAUGAAAUGUACAGCCUCUCAGAACUUCUUCUUUACUUCCAUCAAGAACUCCAUGCUGAAGAUGAAAAGGAGAUAUUAAAUGAAAAACAUAAGCUGCUUUUCAUACUGGAUGGACUGGAUGAAAGUAGAAUUCCUCUAGAUCUUCCUCAGAAGAAGGUGUCUAAUAUGAAUGAGAAGACUACUCUUGAUAAAUUAAUAACUAACCUCAUAAAUGGAGAAUUGCUUCCUUCUGCUCUCCUCUGGGUCACUUCGCGACCUGCAGCAGUCAGUAAGAUAAAUUACCAGUACUUUAACCCUGUUACAGAAAUCCGUGGGUUCAACGACCUGCAGAAAAAGGAGUACUUCAGGAAGAGAAUCAGGGAUGAAGAUCAAGCAAGCACAGUUCUCUCACACAUUAAGACUGCAAGAAGCCUUCAUAUCUUGUGUCACAUACCCGUCUUCUGCAGGAUCUCAGCCACCGUGCUUCAGAAAAUGCUGAAGGAUGGUACCGACAUGAAAAAUUCUCCCACAACUCUGACAGAAAUGUAUCUACAUUUCCUGCUGUUUCUCACAGAUCAAAAGACUAAGAAAUACAACACAAAGCAAAGCACUGACAAUGCAGUUCCAUCUGAGUUAAAAAGAGCAGAGAUGCUGGAUAUCAUGAAGCUUGGAAUGUUAGCUUUUCUUCAGCUCCAAAAAGGAUGGCUUCUGUUCUAUGAGAAUGAUCUGAAAGAAUGUGGCAUUGAUGUCCAUGAAGCUUUAGUAUACUCUGGAAUUUGUACACAAAUCUUUAAACAGGGGGUGAAGAUCUACAGCUUUGUGCAUUUAAGCUUCCAGGAGUUUCUUGCUGCUGUAUUUGUGUUCCUAACAUUCAGGGAUGAAGGCAACCCACUCCUUAAAACCCUACUGGAGAAAAUAAUAUGGAAGCUAAAACACAGACUGUGUGAUCUGCUCAAGACAGCAGUAGAUAAGGCCAUGACGAGUGAAAAUGGACACCUGGACCUUUUCCUCCGUUUCCUCCUUGGCCUCUCACUGGAGUCCAAUCAGAAGCUCCUGAAGAGUCUACACCCAGAACUGGACAUCAAAGAAGAGUGUUUAGAAGAGACUGUGAACUACAUCAAGAAAAUUAUCACAGAAACAAAAUCCUUUGAAAAGACUAUCAAUCUAUUCCAUUGCUUGAGUGAACUGAAGGACAACUCCCUGACAAGUGAAAUACAGAACUUCUUGAACUCAGGAGACCUCUCAACCCAGACACUCUCAUCUGCACAGUCUUCAGCUCUGGUGUUUGUGCUGCUGAUGUCAGAGGAAAUUCAAGAGAAAUUUCAGCUCAAGAAAUUCAGGCCAUCAGAUAAAGGACUGAGGGAACUACUUCCAGUGUUGAAAAAUACCAGACAUGGUCUACUAUCUGGCUGUGGGCUCACUGAAGAGUCUUGCAAAUCUCUCACAUCAGUUCUACAAACAGAAAACUCCACACUGCGAGAACUGGAGAUGAAUAAUAAUGACCUGCAGGAUUCAGGAGUAGAACAGCUCUGUGCUGGACUGAAGAGUUCACACUGUAAUCUGGAGAUUCUCAGACUAUCUGGCUGUGGUUUCACUGAAGAGUCUUGCAAAUCUCUCAAAUCAGUUCUACAAACAGAAAACUCCACACUGAGAGAGCUGGAGAUGAAUAAUAAUAACUUGCAGGAUUCAGGAGUAGAACAGCUCUGUGCUGGACUGAAGAGUUCACACUGUAAACUGGGGAUUCUCAGACUGUCUGGUUGUAUGGUCACAGAGAAAGGUUGUUCUUCUCUGGCUUCAGCUCUGAGGUCAAACCCCUCCCACCUGAAAGAACUGGAUCUGACCUACAACCACCCAGGAGAGUCAGGAGUGAACCUGCUCUCUGCUAGACUGGAGGAUCCCCACUGCAGACUGGACACACUCAGGUUGGAGUACGCAGGGAAGAUCAGAAUCAAACCAGGACUAAGAAAAUAUGCGUGUGAUCUCACACUGGACCCAAACACAGCACACAGAUGUCUCUUUCUGUCUGAGGGGAACAGAAAGGUGACGUGUGUGUUGGAACAGCAGCCAUAUCCUCAUCAUCCAGAGAGAUUUGAUGAAUGGAAGCAGGUUGUGUGUAGAGAGAGUCUGACUGGACGCUGUUACUGGGAAGCUGAGUGGAGUCAGGGGUUGUGGGAUGGUAUAUCAGUGACAUAUAAAGGAAUCAGGAGGAAAGGAGACAGUAGUGACUGUGUGUUUGGAUGUAGUGUAAAGUCCUGGUGUUUGUUCUGUUCUAAUAACAGUUACUCUGCCUGUCACAAUAAUAAGGAAACUGUCAUCUCUGCCCCCCCCUGCAGCUCUAACAGAGUAGGAGUGUAUCUGGACUGGGCUGCAGGUACUCUGUCCUUCUACAGCGUCUCUCACACACACACACUCACACACUUACACACAUUCCACUCCACAUUCACUGAGCCCCUCUAUGCAGGGUUUAGGGUUUGGUAUCCUGACUGCUCAGUGUGUGUGUGUGAGCUAGAAUAGCAUUCUGUGUCCUGGAGAACACCUGAGUCUGCAGGGAAACACACACUCCUCCACACACACAACUUGAGGACAUCAUAGAUGCCUGCAUACAUGCCUGCUGAGGCUUACACACACACGAUAAACAGAAUAGUUACACUAUGGUCUGUUCUAUAGUUCUAUAGACUCUCUCUCUCUCUGUGACAAUCACUCUGACAUCCAUCACAAUCUCUGUUUUAGCUCUGCCAGUCUCUCUCUCACACUCAAACCAUAAAUUCAUGCACACACAGUUUAGAGCAUUUCCGAAUUCUGAAAAUGCACAUUUACCAACAUUAGUGUUAAUGUUACAACAUUAAUGUUAGCAUCGUUCCAUUCCAGAACAUUAGCAUCGUUCCAUUCCAGAACAUUAGCAUCGUUCCAUUCCAGAACAUUAGCAUUCUUCCAUUCCAGAACAUUAGCAUCAUUCCAUUCCAGAACAUAAUUCCAUUUUAGAUGUUCCAUUACAGUCUUUUUUCCGUUUUUGUUGUCUGUUUCUCUUCCUUCUACUCUUCCUUCUAGUCUUUUUGCCCCUCCCCCACUUUCAUGAUUUAUAAAAUUAUUUUUAAUAUUUUU